AUGGUGCGCGGGUGUCCGAGUCAAAUAAUUAAUCUCAUCGCACAGAUUAACCUAGUUACCAAACCUAUGUCUGCACUCAGAAUCCUUGUUGUGGGAAACGGCGGCAGAGAACACGCCAUUGUGUGGCGCUUGGCCCAGUCGCCUACCGUAGAACAUAUUUAUGUGGCUCCAGGAAACGGAGGAACCGCUUGUUCACCAAAAGUCACCAACGUGGGCGAGUUACUGGGAUCUCCAAAACACUUUGAAGCAUUGAAAAAGUUUGCCUUGGACAAGAAAAUUAACUUGGUGGUGCCGGGACCAGAACAACCUCUCGUAGACGGAAUCUCAACUGUUUUCGCCGAGAUCGGUGUGCCAGUUUUCGGACCCUCUGCCAAGGCUGCGGUGAUGGAAGGUUCCAAGGCAUUUUCCAAGACAUUCAUGGAAAAGCAUAAUAUUCCCACUGCUAGAUUCGCCAAUUUCACGAACUACGAGGACGCAAAGAAGCAUAUCGAGUCGGUGGACUACAAGAUUGUGUUGAAAGCUGAUGGUAUUGCUGCUGGUAAAGGUGUUCUCAUUCCAGAAACCAAGCAGGAAGCUUUGGCCGGACUCGACGAAAUCAUGAUCCAAAAAAACUUUGGUGACGCCGGUAACGAGAUUGUUAUCGAAGAGUUCCUCGAAGGUGACGAAUUGUCGAUUUUGACCAUAAGUGAUGGCUACUCAUUUUUCAACUUUCCUGCAGCCCAGGACCACAAAAGAAUUGGUGAUGGCGACAAAGGUCUUAAUACCGGUGGAAUGGGAGCUUAUGCGCCAGCUCCUAUUGCUACUCCAUCCAUUCUCAAGAAAAUUGACGAGCAAAUCAUCAAGCCUUCUAUCGAUGGAAUGAGAAAGGACGGAUUCCCAAUGUGUGGAAUUUUGUUCACCGGAAUCAUGCUUACUCCCCAAAAGGAACCCAAGGUUUUGGAGUACAACGUCAGAUUCGGCGACCCAGAAACCCAAACUGUUCUUCCUUUGCUUUCAGACGACACCGAUUUGGCUCAAGUAAUGUUGGCAGCCGCCGAACACCGGUUGGACUCGGUGGAAUUGAAAGUGAAAGAGGGUCAAUUUUCUACUACAGUGGUUAUGUCUGCCGGUGGAUACCCAGAGGCUUACAAAAAAGGCGAUACCAUUACUGUAAAGACACCAAUUCCCGAAAACUCAUACAUUUUCCACGCUGGAACCGCUGAAAAAGAUGGUAAAGUCGUUACGGCCGGUGGAAGAGUUAUCGCUGCAACUGCAACCGCUUCUACCUUGAGAUCUUCGGUCGACAAAGCAUAUGAAGCCGUGAAGCAUGUAACCUUCGAAGGCAAGUAUAAUCGUCAAGAUAUUGCUCAUCGUGCCUUCCGUGACGCUGAGGGUUCCACCAAGAAGGGAGUUACCUACGCCGAGGCCGGUGUUAGUGUUGAUAACGGAAACCAGUUGAUUGAGGUUAUCAAGGCCAAGGUUAAGUCCACCGCUAGACCAGGAGCCGAUAGCGACCUUGGAGGAUUUGGAGGACUUUUCGACUUGAAGAAAUCUGGGUAUCCAUUGGAGGACACUCUUUUGGUGGCAGCUACCGAUGGUGUGGGUACGAAGUUGAGAGUGGCACAGAUUAUGGAUAUUCAUGAUACUGUGGGAAUCGAUUUGGUUGCGAUGAACGUUAAUGAUUUGGUGGUUCAAGGAGCAGAGCCUCUUCUUUUCUUGGAUUACUUUGCUACCGCAAAAUUGGACAUUGGUGUUGCCGCCAAGUUUGUUGGUGGUGUUGCCGAUGGCUGUAUUCAAGCCGGAUGUGCUUUGGUUGGUGGAGAAACCUCGGAAAUGCCCGGUAUGUAUGCUCCUGGUCAUUAUGAUACCAAUGGUACUGCUGUAGGAGCUGUUGCCAGAGACAGAAUCUUACCACAAACAGACAAAAUGGGACCUGGAAAUGUCAUUAUUGGAUUACGAAGCGAUGGUGUUCACUCCAACGGAUUUUCGUUGGUUCGUCACAUUAUAGAAAUCUCAGACUACGACUACAAGUCUGUGGCUCCUUGGAGCAAGAGUGGUAAGACAAUUGGAGAGGAGGUGCUUGUGCCCACCAGAAUCUAUGUCAAGCAACUUCUUCCUAGCAUCAGAGAUGGAGACCUUUUGGGAUUGGCUCACAUUACUGGUGGAGGGCUUGUGGAGAAUAUUCCUCGAGCCUUGCCCAAGCAUUUGCAAGCUGAGAUUGACAUGAGCAAAUGGGAGGUGCCAGAGAUCUUCAAGUGGUUUGGAAAACAAGGAAAUGUUCCUCAUGAAGAUCUUUUGAAAACUUUCAAUUUGGGUAUUGGAAUGAUUUUGAUUGUGGAGGAAGAGAAGGUGGAAAAAGUGAUGGCCAGCUUAAAAUCACACAACGAAGAUCCUGUGGUGAUAGGAAAGCUUGUGGAGAGAAAAGAGGGACCUGGAUGCGUGGUGAACGUUUCCGGUUUGUACUAG